GUCUGAGGACAAGCUGGCCGAAAUAAAGCGUUUGAAUACUAAUUCAUCUAUCUUCUUUGAACAAACACGCGCCCAAUGAGGAACGAAAUUAUAGGCUAGAUCAGCUUACAUUAGCAAUUUCUGUUAGAUCUGAUCAUACAUUUAUUUCCUUCAUUGUGUCCCAUUCUUGCAUCUCAACCAUAGACUAUUGGAGCCCCGCAAGCUUUUCUCCCAGUCUGAACUUGAGACUUCAACAAACCUUGCAGAUAUAACUCGGCCUUGUUGCUGUGAGGGGCGGGAUAAUAGGGGUGCUGUUGGGAAUAGCUUGCGGCGGUUGUCUUUUGUCCUUUUCAUAUAAUCUUCUUCACUUGGAUCUACCAUUUCCGGGGAUCUGUAAUAUCAUACCCCCCUCCGUGAAUCCGCAAUGGUUCAAUCAUGGGGAAUUACAAAAUUCCUGACUCUGGUUUCAGCCUUUGUUUCAGUUUCACAGGCAGAUUCUAUUAUUGAGAAGGCGAGCUUUGGUCUCAAUGGGAGGAUAUCGGCAGACAAGCAUUUAAUCCCCGGCUGGCAGCUGUCUGGCACGGGGCAUACCCCUCAUAAGUUGUCUGAUCGGAUCAUUUUGACGCCUCCGUAUACGGGCAACAAACGGGGUUCGCUGUGGUCGGAACAGCCGUUUGAUAAAGCCGAAUGGACUGUCGACUUCGAAUUCAGGUCCAAUGGUGCGGAUAGGGGAGGCGGAAAUCUCCAGCUGUGGUACGUGAAGGAUGGACCGUCUACGGUCUCAACAUCGAGUAUAUACACUGUUGGUAAAUUUGAUGGAUUUGCUCUUGUAUUGGAUGUGCAGGGUGGAAGGGGUGGAAGCAUCCGAGGAUUUUUAAAUGACGGCACCACAGAUUAUAAAACUACAAACGUUGACAGCCUAGCAUUUGGACACUGUGACUAUGCAUACCGAAAUCUCGGACGCCUCUCUCACAUUCAAAUCCAACAAACGAGAUCAAGGUUCAAGGUUUUGGUUGACGGCCGUGAGUGCUUUGCAACAGAAAAGGUGUUUGUUCCAUUGGGCAACACUUUUGGAAUAACAGCCGCGUCUGCCGAGAACCCAGACUCUUUUGAAGUCUUCAAGUUUGCCUUGAGCAUACCAGAUGCAACAGCUCCUGGAGAGCAGGGAUACCAGCAUCGGCCUUACGAAAACCAGCAGUUUCCAAACCGCAACGCCCAAAACGCGAACCCAAACCAGCAACGAGCGCCUAAUGUUGACAACAGUGCCAUCGAUCAGCGGCUAAAUGACCUGCAAAGUCGUCUGAAUGCGCUAGUUGGCACUACCGAAAGACUCUUGACUGAGAUGCAUUCACUAUCCAGCAAAGUCGAUGAGCGUCAUCAGGAUACACUGAAAAAGCUAGCUCCAAGUCGUGACCAGGCCGGUCAAAUAGAACAACGGAUGCAGCGUAUUGAAAACAUGAUCCAGGCCGUGCAGAAGGAUGUGAAAAACUCUGAGCUCAAGAAGCAACUGAACAAACUGCAGGACUCCUUGAAAAAUUCCCACUCGGGAGUGAUUGAGCAACUCCAGUCAACUUCACAUCAGAUACUAUCUUCCACGCCACGAAUGGGAUUCUUCAUUUUCCUAAUAGUUGCGUUCCAACUUGCCCUUGCCGCUUCGUAUAUCAUGUACAAACGACGUCGCGCAAACAUGCCAAAAAAAUUCCUGUGAGGUGGAUAGCACUUUACUCUUCACCAUGCUUCCUCUGUCAGAGAAGGAGGGGAAAAAGGAAAAAGAAACCCCCGGGCACGCUCAAAUGACGGACCAAAAUACCGAACGAAACAGCAAAAUGAAACAUGACAACGCGAUAAAUAUAAGGAAUGAUAUCACAAACAAAGGAAAUCGAUACGGUUAUUUAAGCGGAAAGAGAAUGGAGAAUGGAGAGGAAAGAUUAGCAAAAACCCACAUGGAGCGAAAUGAGAUAUUUAUACCCAACCCGCUAGCUUUUGUGCCUUCUUCGGUUGGCAAACUACCUCUUGCCCCAUAUUUGUUACACUUCACAUUAGACGACAGCCUUUCUUUGAAUUUCGUUUACCGUUACCCUAACUGCCAGCCAACCAGCCUGCUUCACCUUCUGUUUGUUCUGUUCUAUGGCUAACCUCCUGUAUAUUACCCCUUUUACUAUUAUUGGCAGUAUUUUUCUCUCGAUUUUCGGUUCCAGCAACAUCAGUUGCAAGGUUGAAAAUUCCCACUCCCAUGUUUUCGCUUUCUCUCUUCCUCCUUCCAAUCUCACCUUAUUGAUCGUUUCUUGCUCAUGUUGUGCUUCUGGGGGUUUUCUUUUUUCUCUCUCUCUCUCUAUCUUUUUUUUUUUU